GAAAGAAAGAAGAGAAAGAGAAAGAGAAAGAAAAGAAAAGAAAGGAAGGAAGGAAGGAAGGAAGGAAGGAAGGAAGGAAGAAGGAGGAGGGAGGGAGGGAGGGAAGGAAGGAAAGAAAGGAGAGAGAGAAAGAAAGAGAGAGAGAAAGAGAAGGAAGGAAGGAAGGAAGGAAGGAAGAAAGAGAGAGAAAGAAAGAAAGAAAAGAAGGAAAAAGAGAGAAAGAGGAACAAAGGAAAGAAAACACAUCUUUCUUUUCUGAAUCUUCCCAAUUUUCUUCAAUUAAGAACUUUUAAAGAUCUCCAUAAAGUCAGUCAUGGGAAUUUCUAUCUAAGCACUUAACCAGCAAUUUAAGCUCCUUCUCUUUGGUCUAGGUGGCUCUAAAAUAACAACAAAGGCUACAAUAAUUGACAGUCGCCAGACUUGAAAUAGACUGCAGUCUUCUUCCUUCCCACCUUCUUAGAAUCUUUUUUUUUUUUUUUUUUUUUGAGACGGAGUUUCGCUCUUGUUACCCAGGCUGGAGUGCAAUGGCGCGAUCUCGGCUCACCGCAACCUCCGCCUCCUGGGUUCAGGCCAUUCUCCUGCCUCAGCCUCCGGAGUAGCUGGGAUUACAGGCACACGCCGCAGAAUCUUUUUCCUAUUCAUCUUCCUUACACUUCCCUGGGUUCUCUAACAUCUGGAUUCUAACGUUCCCGCACAACAGAAGCGAAGGGAACGGGAGAGCAGGAACCUCCAGCCAGCGCAGAGCGCAGAUCCAGCCGGGCGGUCGACCACCCGCUUCCCCAGGCGCCAGCCGGCGGGUUACAUAACGGGUCUCGAGGCGCGCUCUCGCGAGGUUUCCACCGCCCCCUCCUCGCUCCACGUCAGAAGGAAUCGGGCGGAGCGGCCAACAUGGCGGAACGCAGGAGACACAAGAAACGGAUUCAGGAAGUUGGUGAACCAUCUAAAGAAGAGAAGGCUGUAGCCAAGUAUCUUCGAUUCAACUGUCCAACAAAAUCCACCAAUAUGAUGGGUCACCGGGUUGAUUAUUUUAUUGCUUCAAAAGCAGUGGAUUGUCUUUUGGAUUCAAAGUGGGCAAAGGCCAAGAAAGGAGAGGAAGCUUUAUUUACAACCAGGGAGUCCGUGGUUGACUACUGCAACAGGCUUUUAAAGAAGCAGUUUUUUCAUCGGGCCCUAAAAGUAAUGAAAAUGAAAUAUGAUAAAGACAUAAAGAAAGAAAAAGAUAAAGGAAAAGCUGAAAGUGGAAAAGAAGAAGAUAAAAAGGGCAAGAAAGAAAAUAUAAAGGAUGAGAAGACAAAAAAAGAAAAAGAGAAAAAAAAAGAUGGUGAAAAGGAAGAAUCCAAAAAGGAGGAAACUCCAGGAACUCCCAAAAAGAAGGAAACUAAGAAAAAAUUCAAACUUGAGCCACACGAUGAGCAAGUUUUUCUGGAUGGAAAUGAGGUAUAUGUAUGGAUCUAUGACCCAGUUCACUUUAAAACAUUUGUCAUGGGAUUAAUUCUUGUGAUUGCAGUAAUAGCGGCCACCCUCUUCCCCCUUUGGCCAGCAGAAAUGAGAGUAGGUGUUUAUUACCUCAGUGUGGGUGCAGGCUGUUUUGUAGCCAGCAUUCUUCUCCUUGCUGUUGCUCGAUGCAUUCUGUUUCUCAUCAUUUGGCUCAUAACUGGAGGAAGGCACCACUUUUGGUUCUUGCCAAAUCUGACUGCUGAUGUGGGCUUCAUUGACUCCUUCAGGCCUCUGUACACACAUGAAUACAAAGGACCAAAAGCAGACUUAAAGAAAGAUGAGAAAUCUGAAACCAAAAAGCAGCAGAAGUCCGACAGUGAGGAAAAGUCAGACAGUGAGAAAAAGGAAGAUGAGGAGGGGAAAGUAGGACCAGGAAAUCAUGGAACAGAAGGCUCGGGAGGAGAGCGGCAUUCAGACACGGACAGUGACAGGAGGGAAGACGAUCGGUCCCAGCACAGCAGUGGAAAUGGAAAUGAUUUUGAAAUGAUAACAAAAGAGGAACUGGAACAGCAAACAGAUGGGGAUUGUGAAGAGGAGGAGGAAGACAGUGAUGGGGAAACACCUAAACCUUCACAUGAAAAAUCAUAAUCUGACUAAUUUGGGACUGAAUGAAUAAGUACAAGGGGUUGGAUUUUCUAUGUUGGCUGAUUAUUAUAUUAAACACAUGGCAUUUGUAGCAUUCUUUAAAUUCUGUUUACUGAAAUGUAUUCGACAUUGAAGCAGUUCUAUUCAGUCCUUCGUUUUGUAGAAUAUUGGCACUAUUAUUGGUACAGUUUAAAGCCAUUAAUACAUUUUAUCCAUUUGAUAAUUUUACAGUAAGUAGGUCUCAUUCAUUUUGACAGUUAUCAAAUAUGUACUUUCCACAGUUAAAUUUACAUUAAUGGCAUUUUUGAUAGUUGUAUGGCUUUUUACUGUUAGACUAAUCAAAAAUAACUUUAAAAGGAACAAAGAAACUCCAACAUUUCAGAUUAGGCAUAGUUAUGUAGCCAUUUCACAGUUUCUUUAAGAUGCGUAAAUUCAUUGUUCUUGAUAGUUAAGCUUUUAUUUUUUAUUAUAAAAUUUUACCAGGAAAUUUCUUAAGACUCCUAGUUAGCAGAGUUCAAAACCAUUUUAUGGAAACAAGCCAACUAGUAACAAUCCAGCAACACUUCUGGUUUAGCUAAAUUCUUUUACCAGUGUAGGAAAUCCACACUGAUUUGUACAUCUGAUUCAGAGAAAGAUGGUCAUCUCCAACAGAGAAAGUGAACAGCACUGGUUGGAAGGUGAUGGCUCUCCCUCCUCCCUCCCUCCCCAAUUCGUUGUUGUAACGUAAAGUGUAUUCUGUACAUAAUUUACAAAUAAAACAUUUUAUUUUAAUUGUUACUUAUUAUUUAGAUAUUUCUCAACCCUUAAAUUCGUAAAAUUAAGACCAUGUAGAGAAAUGGAAGUUUCGGUAACCCACAACAUCUAUGAUCUUUCUACAGCAGCUUCAGUUUUGUGCCAACAUUCCAUGUAUUUUGAAUAUGAGCAAAAACUGAUCUUUAUUAAAUGAGAGCAGACUUAAAGCAGCUUUGUAUGCCUUAAUGUUUAUUUUGAUUUAUUUUAAACCUUUACAUUCAGAAAUGAGAUACUGUAUUAUCAGACCAGGAGGCAUUGCUGUGAAAGAUAAUUUCCUAUUCGAAAAUACCAAAUUUAAAAUAAAGAUAAUAAAAUAAAACAGAACUAUUGGACUCUAAUUGCUUUGAACUAGUUUUGCAGUUUGAUUUUAUGUCUUGUACAUCUUAGUUGGAAAACUCUUGUUUACUUAUGAGCAUAAUCAUUCCUUGGAGUUACACUUUUAUAAACUAAUAAUAUUAAAUGAUUUUCCUUCAGUCACAGUGAGAGCAUUUUGCUUUGUGGUUUAAAUAGGUAGUGUAUGUAAGUCUUUUCUUUAGGCUGUUUCUCAUCUAAGUGUUUGAAUUAAAGAUGUUAAAUUUU